AUGUUGGCAUUUCAACUACUCCUCGCAGUUGUAACUGCCGAGUACGGCGGAUCUCAGGUGAAGGACAUGUUCGAAGCCUACAAGGAGAAGUUUGGACACAACUUCGGUGCACAAGACGGUUUCCGUCUGCCCUACAAGCUCAAGGUGACUCCAUUCGCUCACCUCACCAAUGCCGAGUUCAGAGUGACCAGACUCGGGACAAUGCCGAAGACAAACACCGUUGGUUAUGAGGGCUCCAUUGAAGAGCUUCCGGCAGCUGUCAACUAUGUUGCCAAAGGCUGGGUUACGGGUGUUAAAGAUCAGGGCAUUUGUGGAAGUUGCUGGGCCUUCUCAACUACUGGUGCCCUUGAGGCUCUUCACAAAAAUCUUACUGGGGAGCUCGUGCCACUCUCGGAGGAGCAGUUACUCGACUGCAGCCUGUCUUAUGGGAAUCAGGGGUGUAUGGGCGGAUGGAUGUUCGACGCAUUCGAAUAUGUGGCGGAUCACGGUAUCGAUUCGGAGAAGGAUUAUCCAUAUGGAUCAAAAGCCAUUCCAUUCAUCCUUCCGAUUCAUUAUCCCUGUCAGCACAAUCAUACGGCCAUAAUCGCACCCCAUUCCAUACGCUAUGUGAACGUGACAUCCUCAAAGCUCGCCCUUCUGGCAGCGAUAGCCUUGAGUGGGCCAGUCAGUGUCGCCAUUGAUGCGGGAUCGAGUGCUUUCCAACUUUAUGGCGGUGGGGUUCUGAAUUCUUCGUGCAAUACGACAUUGGAUCAUGGCGUUCUCGCAGUUGGCUAUAACUUGGAAGCACCUGAGCCCUACUAUCUUGUAAAGAACUCCUGGGGAGCUACAUGGGGCGACGAAGGUUACAUCAAGAUGGCCAUUGACGAUUCACCCAAGGGUAUCUGCGGCAUUUUGCUCGCUGCGAGUUAUCCCAUUGCAGCUUGA